ACACCAUUGCCAUCUCUCUCUCUUCCCCCCCAAAAAUGAAGAAGUUGUCUCUUCUUCUCAUUUUCUUGAUCUCUGCAGCAAUAACGAGCGCAGAUGACCCUUAUAGAUUCUUCGAUUGGACUGUCACUUAUGGACCUAUUUCUCCUCUUGGUUUGCCUCAACAGGGCAUCCUCAUCAACGGCCAGUUCCCCGGCCCAAAGCUCGACUGCGUAACCAACGACAACAUCAUCGUCAACGUCGUCAACAACCUCGACGAGCCCUUCCUCAUCACUUGGAACGGGAUCAAGCAGAGGAAGAACUCUUGGCAAGAUGGGGUCCUCGGCACGAACUGCCCAAUUCCUCCGGGCGCAAACUACACCUACAAGUUUCAAACCAAGGACCAAAUUGGGACUUUUACGUAUUUUCCAUCGACGGCGAUGCAUCGAGCAGCGGGUGGAUAUGGUGCUCUGAACGUGUAUGCGAGGCCGAGGAUUCCGAUCCCGUAUGAUCCUCCCGCUGGGGAUUUCACGUUGCUUGUUGGUGACUGGUUUAAAGCUGGGCAUAAGGUGUUGCAACAAUCUUUGGAUUCUGGGAGUGCUCUUGGAUUCCCUGACGGACUUUUAAUUAAUGGAGGUCAGCAGGCCGGUUCUUUUACCGGGGAUCAAGGAAAAACUUACAUGUUUCGAGUGUCAAACGUGGGUCUAUCGGUAUCGAUCAACUUUAUGAUCCAAAACCACCAGCUCAAGCUAGUUGAAGUCGAAGGAUCGCAUACAAUUCAAAACACGUAUGAUUCACUCGAUAUCCAUCCUGGACAAUCUGCGACAGUGCUCGUCACCCUCGAUCAACCAUCGAAAGAUUACUAUAUAAUCGCCUCAUCUCGAUUCACUUCCAUCGUUUUGACAGCGACUGCGGUUUUGCACUAUAGCAACUCUAAUUUGGGUGUAUUUGGUCCAGUUCCCACAAGCACUGCGGGUGGGCUAGACUGGUCGAUGAACCAAGCUUCGAGCAUUAGGUGGAAUUUGACUGCAAAUGCGGCAAGACCUAACCCUCAAGGCUCAUACCAUUAUGGUACAGUUCCUAUAACAAGGCAACUUGUCUUUGGUAAUUCGGCGCCAGUGAUCAAUGGCAAGCAGAGAUAUGCUGUCAACGGUGUAUCUUACGUUGUGCCUGAUACACCUCUAAAGCUUGCGGAUAAUUUUAAUAUUGAAGGAGUAUUUAGCUGGGAUGGCAUGCCUAAUGAUCCUAACAAUAACGGUAACUUUAUUGGUGCCACUGCUCUUCGGUUUAAUCUACAUGAUUUUGUCGAGAUAGUGUUUCAGAACAAUGAGAACGAGAUGCAGUCGUGGCAUCUAGAUGGAUAUGAUUUCUGGGUUGUCGGUUACGGUUCUGGAAAAUGGACAAAUGAUCAGAGAAAAACAUAUAAUUUAGUUGACGCUGUCACCAGACAUACAGUUCAAGUUUAUCCAAAUGGAUGGUCCGCAAUCUUGGUAUCACUAGAUAAUCAAGGAAUGUGGAACGUUAGAUCUGCGAUGUGGGCAAGACAGUAUUUAGGGCAACAGUUUUAUAUGAGAGUUUGGACACCUGAGACGAGCUUUUACAAUGAGUAUUCUAUACCUCAUAAUGCACUAUUUUGUGGGAAGGCUAUUGGACAGCACGCUUAAAUUGGAUUUAAUUAUUUGUCUAAUUUUAUGUCACGAGGGGGUGGCUAAAGAACAGAAAAUAGGUAGAGAUUUUAUUUUAUUUUUAUUUAUUUUGAUGACAUAUGUAAACUUAUGUUGUUAAAAGAUUUAUAAUAUUCUUCAAGUUAAAUUUUUUGUUUCGAGAA